GCCAUGGGGGAAACGGUGUUAUUGGCACCGGGCCACCGGCUGCGAAUGCUUUAACGACCGAUCUUUACCUCAUGUCGUCUCUGUCACUCUACUCUCCGACCCCACUGUUUCAGAAGGCAAAAGACACUGAGAGAGCGCCUCGGAAACUGCAUCAAGGUAAAGAAGAAGAAGAAGAAGCACAAGCAGCUACACUACAUUUGUUUAGAACGACCAAUCUGCGUUUCUGAAAGAACAAUAGUUCAGAAUCUCUCUCACAAUCUCACCAGCUUCUCCAAAAGAUUCGCAAGCUCGAGACCUCGAUAUUGCAGGCUUUGAAACGCAAACCGAGUCUCAAAAAGCCUUUGUCGGUCAGGCAGCAUUAAAGUAGCGGAGCUUAUACAUCAGCCUCAUUUGCGCUUUGUUCCUAGAGGGGCUGUUAAAUCAUGCAGACCGCGAAAGCAAGAAGUAGCUCCUCAGAAGUGCCUCCGAAGAUUUCUUCUCGAGCCAUACGCCAACUCAAGCCAGCUGCAUUAGAGACUGACUCUACAUCUGCUUUGACUCAAAUUAGCAGAAUACCCAAAGACAGAAGCCCAAAAGUUGUUGAGCGCAGAUCACCAAGAAGCCCUGUGUCCGAGAAGAAGCGCCCAAGCAGAAUAUCUGAAUUGGAAUCCCAGGUUUCUCAACUUCGAGAGGAACUGAAGAAGACAGAGGAUCAGCUGAGUUUAUCUGAGUCAUGGAAGCAGCAAGCCCAUCAAGAUGCUGAGGAGUCCAAGAAGCAACUAUUGGCCCUGUCUUCAAAGCUCGAAGAGUCCCAGCAGCAGUUUCUGCAGGUGUCUGAUUCUGGGGAAGCUCGUACUUUUGAGCACCAAAAGAUCUCUCAAGAACAGGAUCCAGCUAGGCUGUCUGAGCUCGAGGCUGUCCUGAAGCAGAAUUCAGUCGAGUCAGAUGCCUUGACCUCUGCCAUGAAUGAGAUUCAGCAGCUUAAAGUCCAGCUUGAAAUGGUAGCUGAAUCUGAGGCUACACAAACCAAGCAGGUAGAAUUAGCAAAUGCAGAGCUGCACGGUUUAAAAGGAAACCUUGCUGAAACUCUCUCUCUCGUAGAGAACAUGAAAAAGCAGCUACAAGAUUGCAGAGAAUCAGAAGCUCAGGCUGAAGCAAUGGUUAUGGAAACUCUGCUGCAACUGGAAACUGCUAAAAAAACUGUAGAGGUGCUCGGGUCAGAUAGGUUGAAAGCCAUUGAAGCUUACAACUCAAUUGCCUUGGAGUUAGACCAGUCAAGGGCACGUGCCAACUUACUAGAGGGACUUGUAAGAAAACUUGAGGCAGACCUAAAAAAUGCUAGUGGCGACCUUUACCAGAAUCCUUCAGUUGAACAUAGCCUUGAGCUGGAACUUCUAAGAACUCAAGAGAUGAGGGAAUAUAUGAAAAUUAAUGCAGAACUUCAUUCUUUGAAGCCUGAGGUGGCACGACUAAGAUCUGCUCUAGAAAGUGCUGAGACCAAAUACCACGAAGAACAAAUUCGAAGCACAGUGCAGAUAAGAAGUGCUUAUGAACUCAUGGAGCAGAUAAAAUCUGGGUCAAAUCUGAGAGAGGCUGAACUGGAGGCAGAACUAAAAAACACAAAAGCUGAUGUUGAAGAGUUGAAAUCAAACCUGAUGGAUAAGGAAACUGAAUUACAGGGUGUUUUGGAGGAGAAUGAGGGGUUGAAUUCAAAACUUGAGAAGAACCUCUCAUACCAGAAAGAAUAUGUACUGGAAAAGGAUCUGAAGAAAUCAAAUGAACAUAUUGCAGAAUUGAGGGCCAAUUUGAUGGAUAAGGAGACAGAAUUACAGAGUAUAAUGGAGGAAAACGAAAUGAUGAAAUUGGAGAUCAACAAGAGGGAAAUGAGCAGCAGGGCAAACGUGAAUGAUGAGGUUAUUGCAGAAGUAGAGGCAGCAAAGUCUGCAGAACGUGAGGCUCUUGUGAAGCUUGGAGUUGUGAUGGGGGAGGCAGAUAAGAGCAACAGAAGAGCGGCAAUGGUUACUGAGCAGCUGGAGGCAGCACAGUCAGCAAAUUCAGAAAUGCAAGGGGAGUUGAGAAGGCUAAAGGUGCAGUCUGACCAGUGGAGGAAGGCUGCGGAAGCAGCAGCAACCAUGCUUUCGGCAGGAAAUAAUGGAAAGGUAAUGGAGAGAACUGGAUCCUUGGACAGCAAUUAUAAUUUGGUUGCAGGGAAGUUUAGUUCACCUUACUCGGAAGAGGCGGAGGAUGAUUUACUGAAGAAGAAAAACAUUAACAUGCUAAAGAAGAUUGGAGUACUCUGGAAGAAGCCACAGAAAUAGGAAGACCUUGUUUGUGUUGCUAUUACACCGCCCCUAUUAUUAUUUACACGUGGGAGGUUUGAUGCUGCCUUUUCUCUUGGUUUGAUGAAGUAAGUUGUGAUCGUGGACUACAUCUUAUACCAAAAAUGGUGAGAAGAAUUAAAAAUUUGGAGAACCAUGUUUUUUUUUAUGGAAAAGGCAAAGGAAAGAGGUUAAUGUUCUUUUUGGUGUUGUCUUGACUGCUGGUUUUGUUUUGUUUUGUUUUUCAUCGAGGACGAUGGGAAAAUCAGUCAAUAUACCUGCCUUGAUCUGUAUUAUAUGGUGUAUAGGCAACAAUCUCAGCAAUGACUCGGAAAUAUAUGUAUAAAGUUUAAUGCUUGUAUUAUGUGUAGAAACUUUGUCAUUGUUGUUGUA